GGUCUUGAGCCCAGGACAUCCCUUCCCUUGGUCUCGUUAGGCCGAGGCCAGGGUCCUGGUGGGCGCACCCCACGGGCGCGCUCCUCGGGUACCCAGCGUUGAUCCUGUUUUCCCGACGGUGCUCUCCAGCGGUGGCGGUCCUGCCUCCUGCAGAAGGUGCCAUUUACAAAACACACACGGCCACCCCCGUCUCUUCCGCAGCAGGUGGUCAUGGGUCACUGAGUCUUGGGGGCCUAAGUGAUGGGUGUGCUGGGUGACCGACGGCGCCCCUGCCGCAGCCUCAGCUCUGUGCAUCGUGUGCCAUGAAGGGGGUUCUGACCUUUGCUCACAGCCUCCUCCCGAAGAAAGCCACCGGAUGGGGUUCCCCAGGGCCUGGCUCCACUCCCCAGCCCCCCGGGGACACCCAGGAGCAGGGGCGAUCUUGGGCUGAGCCCUAAAGGGUUAAGCCCGGGUCCCGCCCCUUUCCCGCCCGGCUGGCGGGAGUAUGAAUAGCCUCGCUCCCUCUCCCGGACUCCCAGUCGCUCGCGCUGCUCCCGCCCCGCCCCGCCCCGCCUUGUCAUUGUCCCCUCAAGUCUCUUUCUUCCUAAAAGCUCCGAGAGCCGCUCCCUUCUCCCUGGUGCCCCACGUCCUAAGAGUGGUUCCGACGAGCAGGAUGGAGGGCUGCCUGGGGGAGGAAUCUUUCCAGCUCUGGGAGCUCAACCGACGCCUGGAGGCCUACCUGGCCCGGGUCAAGGCGCUGGAGGAGCAGAACGAGCUGCUCAGCGCGGAGCUCGGGGGUCUCCGGGCACAGUCCGGGGACACAUCUUGGCGGGCCCGAGCCGACGACGAGCUGGCGGCCCUGCGGGCCCUUGUGGACCAGCGCUGGCGGGAGAAGUACGCGGCCGAGGUGGAGCGCGACAACCUGGCCGAAGAGCUGGAGGGCGUGGCGGGCCGAUGCCAGCAGCUGCGGCUGGCGCGGGAGCGGGCCUCCGAGGAGGCAGCCCGCAGCCGGCGAGCGGUCGAGGCCGAGCAGUGCGCCCGGGGCUGGCUGAGCGCACAGGCGGCGGAGCUGGAGCGCGAGCUGGACGCCCUGCGCGCCGCGCACGACGAGGAACGCGCCAGCCUGAACGCUCAGGCUGCCUGUGCCCCCCGGGUCCCCGCUCGACCCCGCGGUCCCCCAGCGCCGGCCCCGGAGGUGGAGGAGCUGGCCCGGCGGCUGGGCGACGCGUGGCGCGGGGCAGUGCGCGGCUACCAAGAGCGCGUGGCGCACAUGGAGAUGUCCCUGGGCCAGGCCCGCGAGCGGCUGGGCAGAGCCGUGCAGGGCGCUCGGGAGGGUCGCCUGGAGCUGCAGCAGCUCCAGACCGAGCGCAGCGGCCUCCAGGAGCGCAGGGAGACGUUGGAACAGAGGCUGGAGGGCCGCUGGCAGGAGCGGCUGCGGGCCACUGAAAAGUUCCAGCUGGCUGUGGAGGCCCUGGAGCAGGAGAAGCAGGGUCUCCAGAGCCAGAUCGCCCAGGUCCUGGAGGGUCGACAGCAGCUGGCACACCUCAAGAUGUCCCUGAGCCUGGAGGUGGCCACAUAUAGGACCCUCCUGGAGGCUGAGAACUCCCGGCUACAGACCCCUGGUGGCAGUUCCAAGGCUUCCCUCAGCUUCCCCGACCCCAAGCCAGAGCUGCAUUUCCCCGGGACCCCAGAGGGCCGGCGUCUGGGACCUCUGCUUCCUGUUCUUAGCCCCACUGCCCUCCCAUCUCCCUUGCCUAAUGCCCUUGAGACACCUGUGCCAGCCUUUCUAAAGAGCCACGAGUGCCUGCAGGCCCCUACCCCCGCCUUGGCCAGCACCCCCAUCCCACCCACACCUCAGGCUUCCUGUCCUGCUACCAAUGUAGCGGCCAGAGCCCAAGAUGCUCCUGUCUCCUCCGUCCAGCCGCAGGGUGAGAGCCAACAGGCUCCAGAGCUUGUGUGGGCUGAAGCCAGGGGGGCUGUCCCUGCCAGCAUCCUCCCAGGACCACAGGAGCCAGGGGGCAAGCAGCCAGAGGCCAGUACAAGCCAAUCACCUGAGAAUCAGUCCUCUUUGGCCCCACCCCUUGGCCUUGAUCAUCCCAGUUUAGAGGCUAAAGAUGGAGAACCCAGUGGAUCUAUAGCAUCCAGCAGAUUCCAGGAAGAAAGUGAAGGGCAAGUAUGGGGGCUAGUAGAGACAGAAGCAGCCACAGAGGUCCACGUAGUGAGAAACGUGCAGCAGAAAACAUGGCCAGAAGAAGGAGACUUGGACAUGAAAGAAAUUCAGGAUCGGGAUCCUUUGGAAAAAGAAACCCUGAAGACUGGGGGAAUUGAGAUUCCAGAGCCACAAAUGUCCUUGGAAAACCAGAGUCAUGAGGCACUAGAGAAGGAAGAUCAAGAAUCUCUGAGGUCUUUAGAGGAAGAGAACUUAGAAACACGAAAAGAUCUAGAAAACAAAAAUCCAGAGCUACUGAAAUCUUUAGAAGAAAAAGACUUGCAGUUGGAGAGACCUCUAGAAAAGGAGGCUCCUGAACUACCCAGACUUAUAGGAAAAGAGGACUCACAGACAUUGCAAUCCUUAGAAAAGGAGAACCAAGAACUAAUGAUGUCUCUUGAAGGUAAUCUAGAGACAGUUUUAUUUGCAGGAAAAGAAUAUCAAGAAUCAGUGAAGUCUCCAGAAGAGGAAAAAUUAGAAUCAUUGGGAGCUCUCAAAGAGGAGAACCAACAGCCUCUGGGAUCUGAAGAACCAGAGGACCAGGGAUCAUGGGGAUCUCUACCAAAAGAGAAUCAGGAGUUCCUGGGGGCUCUUGAAAAUGAGAAUCAGGAGACAUUUAGACCUCCAGGAAAAGAGAAUCAGGAACCACCAAAGGCUCUAGAGGAAGAGGAUCAGAAGAUUGUGAGGCCUCUAGAAAAAGAGAACCAGGAGCCACUGAGGUAUCUAGAAGAAGAAGAUCAGAAGACUGUGAGGCCUCUAGAAAAAGAGAACCAGGAGCCAUUGAGGUAUCUAGAAGAAGAAGAUGGGAAGACUUUGAGGCCUCUAGAAAAAGAGAACCAGGAGCCACUGAGGUAUCUAGAAGAAGAAGAUGGGAAGACUGUGAGGCCUCUAGAAAAAGAGAACCAGGAGCCACUGAGGUAUCUAGAAGAAGAAGAAGAUCAGAAGACUGUGAGGCCUCUAGAAAAAGAGAUUCAGGAGCCACUGUGGUCUCUAGAGGAAGAGGACCAGAAGGUUGUGAUACCUCUUGAAAAAGAAACUCAACAGCCCCAAAGUUCUCUAGAAAAGGACCAGGGGAGUAUCAUGCCUCCAGAAAAAGAGGAUCAGGAGUGUUCCUCUCAGGAAGAGGACCAAGAGACAUUGAGACACUUAGAGAAAGAGACUCAACAGCCAUCAGCAGCUCUAGGGGAAGAAGAACAGAUGACAUGGAGAUCUCUAGAAAAGGUGGAUCCAGAGUCACUGAAGUCUCUUGGAAAAGACCAAGAGAUAGUUAGGUCUCUUGAAAAAGAGAACCAAGAGUUAUCCAAGUCACCGAAAGAAGAAAGUGGAGAGGCCAUGGGGUCCUUGGAAACAAAAAAUCUAGAACCAUUCGAGUCUGCAGAAGAAGAGAACCUGGAAAUAUUGAAAUGUCAAGAAACUCAGGAGCCACUCUGGUCUCUAGAAGAAACGAAUAAGGAGACAAUAAAACCUGUAGAAAAGAAAAUUCAAGAACCACUGGCGUCUGCGGAAGAGAACCAAGAGACACCGAGACCCCUAGAAAAGGAGACUCAAGAACCACUAAGAUCUCUGGGUGAGUGGGACCUAGAGAAUCCGGGAUUCCCAAAAGAGGCAGAGAAGGAAAGUCCAAGGGAUCAGGAAGAGGAAGAGAGACUGGAGAAGGGAGAGACUCAAGAGUCACUGAAGUCCCUGGGAGAGGAGGGGCAGGAGCCGCCUUGGUCCACAAAUCAGAGGUGGGAGGACAGGGCUGUGGGGGACCAAGCACUGAGCCAGGAAGCCCCCCCUGGGAGGCUUGGAGUGGGAAGUGAGGACGAGGCAGAGCCCGACCUGAGGGAGCAGGAUGGGGAGGAGGAGGUGGCGCAGCCAGAGGCGCCAGAGCCCAAUGUCACAGGAGGCACAGGGAGCCCAGGGAGCCCUGGGCCCGGGGAGCAGAGUGUCCCAGCGGAGGGAGCCCGUGGGAAGGGAGACACAGAGGGCCUCCAGGACGCUGCGGGGCCAGCGGAGCCGGUGGGAGCCCCAGGCCUGGGAGCUUCCCCAGGAAAGCCAGGGGGGACAGAGCCCCCGAGGGCAGAUGAGGGUGAGGCCUCAGAGGGUGACCUGGAGGUCGCCUGGGGACCAGAGACGGCCAGAGGCGAGGCUGCUGUAGGAGCCAAGCUGGCACCGGAGCAGGAGGUGAUGGGAUUGGAGGACCCAGGGCACCAGGCUGGACAGGAGGGGACGUGGCCACCCCUGGGGGAAGAGGGCUCCGGGGCAGAGAGAGCUCAGCUCUUUGGGAAGGACCGAGAGGAGGCAGAUGUCCUGGGGACAAGCAGAGACCCUCCGGAGCCUCCCAAGGACCUGGAGGGGUCAGAGUCGGAGGCCCCCUGGGGAGCAGAGGAGGGGUCCCCCGUGGACACCUCAGGAAGGGGGACCUUUCAGCCCCAGGCUCCGGGCUCCGAGGAAAGCGAGGAUGUUCCACCAGCGCUGGGGCCCCCCAGCCCCAGGCCCCCCGAACCCUGGCGGCCCACCCCAGUCCUGGGAGAUGCCCCUGGGCCUCAGCCCCAGGAUGAGGGGAGCCUGGCGGCUGGCUGGGGGCUGGAAGGGGGGGCUGAAGCCCUGAGAAAGGUGCAGGGUGAGCAGGAGGAGUUAGGUCCUGGAGACGUCUCGGAAGACCCCCAGGAGGAGGGGGAGGAAAGCCGCGAAGAGAGCGAGGCGGAUGAGUUAGGGGAGACCCUUCCGGACUCCACUCCCCUGGGCCUCUACCUCCAAUCCCCUGCCUCCCCCAGGUGGGACAUGGCAGGAGAACAGAGGCCCUCCCCACUAGGGGAAGCCAGGAAGGAGGGCUGGGAUCCCACUGCCCUGGUCUCCAAGGGCCCCGGGGCCCAGCCCUCAGAGGAGGAGGAGGAGGAGGAGGAGGAGGAAGGGCAGGGCCAGGACUCCGACCUGUCAGAGGAGUUUGAGGAUCUGGUGACUGAGGCGGCCCUUCUUCCUGGAGACCCCCGGGAGCUGGCAGAACCUCUGGGCCAGGUGCCCCAGAUGCCGAAGCCGGAGGUCUGGGACGGGGAUGGGGAGUCCGAUGGGUUUGCAGACGAGGAGGAGGGUGGGGAGGAGGGGGAGGAGGAAGAGGAGGAGGAAGAGGAGGGGAGGGGGCCGGGGGCUCCUCGGUGGGGGCCAGGGGCCUCUGUUAGCAGCCUCCAGACUCUGAGUAGCUCUCAGAGAGGGGACCUCCUGGAGCCUGAGACCGUGGGUGUCAGUGUCCCCUGGGACCAUGGCUUGAAGGCCUCUGUGACUGCUCUGGAGACCGAGUCCCAGGACAGUGCUGAGCCCUCGGGCUCCGAGGAGGAGUCUGACUCCGCUCCUUUGGAGAGGGAGGACCCAGACUCGGGGCCUUUACAGACCCCCAGAGGGGAGGAAGCCCCGGGCCCCCGGGCAGGGGACGCCCUCAGUGUCAACGGGGGAGACCACAGCUUGGAGGAGGAGCCGGAAGACGGGGAUGGCAGGGUGAUGAAUGGGCUGCAGCCGUCCCAGGGCACAGGGCAGGGGACGCCUGAGGCCCCUGAUGGGGACAGAGAGGUCCCCUUACAGGAAGAGGAGGGGGUUGCCCUGAAGACCCCUCGGGCGGGGGCUCCUGUCCACCUGGGCCCUGGCCGGUUCCUGAAGUUCGCCCCAAGGGAAGGAGAGGGGGAUUCCUGGUCCUCCGGGGAGGACUAGAAGCGUGGCACUCAGGACCUGGUUGGCCCCAAGUCCCCUCCCGGCUGAGAGGCAGCACCCUUCACGGACAAUCCUAGGUCUGUGGUUUCUGAGGGACCAGAUGCCCGGCUGGCUCAGGUGAAAGGGGGUGUGUCAGGAGCCUGUCCCCAAAAACAAACACUUCAGAUUCUGCCAUCUCCCAAGGGAGGGGACAGUGGUGGCCUCCACCAGGGCUCCCCAGCCCUGUGCCACCCGCUGCUGCAGCAGCCUCGCCCUCCUGGGAGGCCUGCCCUGUGGCUCAUGGACGUGAAGAGUGUGCCCGUGUCCUGACCCCUCAUCCGGGCCGUACUGUCACCCUGCCCGGCUCACCCCUGCUUGAAUAAAACCGUGCCUCCACCUA